GUGUCUGUUACCAGCAGUAGAUGUGGCUAAGUUAGAGGGUACUCCAGUUACUAUUGGUAUAUCAAUGGAUGAGAUAUGGGAGUACAUAUUUAAUGAGAGACUACCACUGCACGAUAAGAAAAAGAUAGAGAGACAGUAUAUUGGGGAUAUGGAUACAGUAGAGGAGCUAAUGGAAAAAGGAAUGAAAUCUGUCACUUGGAAAGAUGCUUAUUUUAAUGCUGUAUUCUUCUUCUCUCAAGCAACUACCAUGUCAGAGUAUGAAGAUGAAGAUUGUGGAUGUGUGUAUCGUCAUUUCGUACCAGACCUUUAUUAUGGCAUGGGUACAUUUAAUAGUGAUCCAGCUAAUACCGAUAUCUACCAAUGCUUCAAUACAGACUCCACUUACAGUAUUCAUCGUGUAGCUCGUUGUGCACAUAGAUGUCCUCGUCUCACUCCAGACAGGUAUACACAUAUGUAUCCAAGUCCUGCUGAUGCUCCAAGACGUGAUUGCGAAUUUUACAUGUCACUAUGGGAUGCUGUCAUGGUAAUGGCUGAUUGCAAUGUUUCCUUAAAGCAUCUCUAUAUAACGCAUUAUCAUUUCAAAGACGUCAAUUUGGAGAGCACACAUUUCCUUGAUCAUUUUAUAAAGUUGCUGACGACAGUUGAGGCAAUCACAAUCCAUAGCUGCAAUGAAAUGAUGCAUCAAUCUAUAAAGAAGGUAUUCGAUAUCAUAUUCGUACAGAAUAAGUGCUCCAUCAAAUUUAUAUCGCUAGAUGGAUCUCAGUUAAUUAGCAUUGCAUUCCCAUAUCUAAUAGAUCCAUCACAGUGUAGCUUGAAGCAGCUUGAGCUGGAGUUUGAAUUCAAUGAUGAUAAUUCUUAUAAAAUUGAUGAAGUCAACUCAUCUUCACAUGAUGCUCUUUCUACUGUCCAGCAACCACAUAACCCUUUCCCAUUAACAAAUGUCCCUAUGUUUCAAAGUUCAUUUCAUGGGAUUCAAAAGUCUCUCCCUAUUUUGCUAAAUGAAUCUAUAUCUCAUUUGAUAAUUGAGAUACUACAGCAUCAUCAGGAACUUAGAAAGCUAUCAUUUUUCAUACAAUAUAAGAAUGCUGUGUUACAAGAGAGUCAGCUUACCCAAUGUAUUUCUGAUUUACUUCUAAGACCUGACUUUAAAGACUUGACUUUUGAAACUCGCCGAAUUGCACUCCCAGUUUCUUUUAAUAUUCUUCUCCGACUGUUUCAUAAUUUUUUCUAUUCACCUAAUCCAGUUACCUUGAGCUUAUGUCUUAAGUGUCCUGAUUUCCCACCACUCACUGAUCUACUCAUUGUCAAUCACGAGCAAGAAUCCAACAAGUCACUGGAACUAACCAAUUGUACUCUCUCUCCUCAUUUCUCCUCUCUUCUUCCUUGUAAUUUAGUUCUUAAUUCUCUCAAAGUAGUGUGUUUUGAACUGGACGUUCUCUCUUCAUUUGCAAAUCUGGAGUCUAUUAAAGUUAAAAGUUUUUCAUUAGAACAUGGACAUUUCUUCAAUAAAACCUCAUCUGCUAUAUCUUCAUUGUUUCGUAUUGUCAGUGCUCAGGAAUGGAAUAUCAUUAUGACUAUAUCUGAUGAUGUCAUUGACUUGUUCACUAGCCUCAUUUCUGAAAAAGCUUACCUCUUACGUAAUUUUGGUUUAAUGAAUUGGAACAUUUCUACUCCAAGUCUUCUCUCUAUGAUUCAGAGUAUCUUCUCCUCUCUCUCACCAGCUGAUGUCCCUCACUUUAAACUUACUUUUAAUUAUCGUUUACUCGACGAUCAAAUUGUUAAAGCUUUUUACGACUUAUGGGAGAAGCAUUGUAAUGCAGUUAAAUUAAAGAAAAUCAAUGUACUGGAUAGGAGAGAGUUUGGUAAGCUAUCAUAUAUGAGUGUUCUUUUAGAAAUGGCAAAUGAAGUAUAUGCAGAAAGUUGGCGUUAGUAUGAUAACAGUUAUUUAUACAUGUACAUGUACUCUAACAUGUACUUUUAUAAUUAAAUCUUAUUGUUAUUUUCAUUGUAAUUGUACAAUUGUUAUUUGAUACUAUUUAGGUUUCUAGUAAUUAUCAUUAUUGUGUGCGGUUUGUCUUAUUGGCAUUUUUUCAUUAUGACCUCACUUACCAUGUUUUUGUUUGUUAAUUUUAUUCCACAUUUAUUUCUUUAUUUUCUUAUUUUUUGUAAAAGUAUUAUGUGAACCAAACGUUGCUGCAAAUUCUCACACUGAGAUACACAUGCUAUCAAUAGAGCCACUAUUCUCUCUUACUAUAUAAAGUUGUAGCCUGAGACUUCAUGUAGAUCCACUCGAAAUAGACUAUUAUUCCUGUAUUAGCAGUUCCCAAUUCUUUCACAAAAGCAAUAGUCAGUUUUAUUGACUAUAGCUUUCGUGAAAGGAGGUUGGGGUAGAUCUAUUAAAUAGAUCUACCCUUGUAUUAUGAAUCACUAUAAUCAACGAAGAUGAUCUUAUUAUACUUGCUUGAGAAAAUACAUUUGUCAUUCUAUCAAGAGUGGAUCAUAAUUAUCCACUCUGGAUUCUAUUGAUUCAACAAUUUUAGUGGACUAUUGCACUUGUCUGAUGAGCAGAUGAGUGGGCGUGCUCAUUGUUUCAGUUCUCCUACUCAAUCAAAAUGGCA